AUGGAGCUGAUUGAUAUCAAGUUUGAUCAGGUUAUAGAAUGGCUAUCUAAUAGGAAAAAACUUGAUAAAGAUUGGUCUUCCAAAUUAAGAGCAAUCCACGCAAAGCAAAAUGACCUAAUAAAAAGCUUAUCAGAAAAUCCUGAGCUAGAAAAUACAAUUGACAACUCUAAGCAUGGGUAUCUUCAAGCUGUCGAAAUUUUUCAAAAAUUAUUGAAUACUUCUGAAGCAGAUAAAGGAAAAACACUGUUAGGGAAUUAUUCAUCACCGUAUAUAUAUGAAUGGGAUAGACUCAUCAAACUUUAUCAAAAGCAAAAUUUGCAUUUGGCAGACUGUGGAAAACACAAAUAAAAUGGCGGCGACACCGACCCGUCCUCUCCCGGAACUGUGGUGAGAUUGGGGACCUUGCUGCGGCCUGAAGCCAAUCCGUCCAGGGAAGGUCUGGAAUGGGUACUGGUAGUUUGUGUCCGGCUAGGUUUCCCUCCCAGUCCAGCAACGACGAUCCUAGGGUCGUCCCGAUAAGACACGGGGCAAAAAGGGUUUCUCCUCUAGGGACCGCUAGUGCCAAUUUGGAGGGCAUGGCAGGAGCCUACAAGAGCUAAGGAAUUAAUCCUUAACUCUAACCCUAGUCUGGCGACGUGAAGCACGGUGGCCCCAGUUCGCCUACUUCCGGGAUAGCAUGACCAAGACCCAUGACCGGAAGGAGCUGAGUGGUAGCCUGUGGCACUUAGGUGCACACUGGGAGCAGGGCAAGGAAAGCAAGCGAGGCGUCCAAAAGGCGGAAGAAAAGGACAUUCGGUCCUGGCUGGGAGCUACUCUAUAAAUUUAACUAAGACUAAGACUAAGGCAGACUGUGGAAAAAAUCUCAUACAAAUAGGAAGCUAUGAAUCCCCUGCAUUGAAAACUCAGUUGCACACAUUUGAAAAGCAAGCUCAGGAUUAUAUUCACAAAGAAGAAAAUAUUAAAGACCAUAUGGAAAAGAAUCAUAAACAAUUCCAAGAGUUAUGCAAAAAAAUGGGAAUUACAGGUAAAAAAAUACCGGAAGAGCUUAAAGCAUUGACUAGAAAUUUGCCAGAUAUAUACUUGGAUAUCAUCAAUAAGUUAAAAGGUCCAUUAUUUUCAUCGCUAUUAGAAAGCUAUAGAGAAAUUUCAAUGAGAAAUCACAAUUCAGAAAUAUCAUUGCCAACUAUUGAUAGUCUUAGAAGUUAUGAACCUGAUGUAAACAUGGAAGAACUAACUCCCCCUUUAAAUUGGAACAAAAAAUCCUGUUCCAAUUUAAAGCCGGGUUAAUUUUAUUUUAUAAAAAAUUUUUAUCGUCUUUAUCAUAAUUUAAUAAAAAGGGUUCACUCGUGAAUACGAGCUUGAUAUGUGAAAUAGCCGUAAACAUAUCGAAGCAUGUAGAAACCAUAUUUAGAAUGCUAUUUCACGCUUCAAGCUUGAACCCACAAGUGGACCCUUUUUAUUAAAUAUCUCUAAAAGAGUUUUAAAAUUCAAAUAUAUAAAUUGAAUGCAAUAUUUUUGAAUUUAAUUUUAUUUUUAUACAGAAUUAAUUAAAAAAUAAUAAAUUUAGUGUGAAAACUGUUUAAAUAAUAUUCUACUUACACUUUUUCUAUUAAAUCAGUCCCAAAAACUAAUUUUAUAAAAAAAUUAGUAUUUUCUCCUAUGAAAUUUUUCAUAUUGAAAAAAAUUUGUUCAAAUUUUUAAGAGUUAAACUACCAAAAAACUGAAUUUUAUGUAUAUUUGAUUUAUUUAAAGGGGAGAGAGUAAGAGAUAGCUAUUCACCUGUAAAUGAUUUCCGUUUGCUCUGAACUUUUUGAUAGCCACACCAAUAUUUAUUACCAAAUUUAAAAAAAAAUUAUAAUCAGGCCAUUUACUUGAAAAAACUAAUUGUCUGACGAUAAAAUUGUAGUACAAAAAUCCUGAAACGUCACCUGUAGUAGCUAUAGAAGACAAUAUAGCUGAAGAAAUAGUGAUUGAAGCCCCAGCAGAAAUAGAAUGAAAAAUAGAAACUAUUGAAAUAGGAGAAGAAAUUACCAAAGAAAUCAAAGACUUUCCUCUAUCACAAAGAAAUAUCAGAAUGUCUUUGCUUACUGAGCUGAUCGAGCUAGAAUCUUUUGCAGAAAUAACAGGAAGAUAUCAAGACACUGUCAAAGAAAUAAUGAAAGAAUUUAGAUCAGCCCAAGAUCUUGUAUUAAUGCAUGAGCAGCCUAAAGCAGUCGAAAGAAAUGCCCAAAAACUUGAAAUGUUUAAUAAUAACAAGCUUCAAGACCAGCUCAAUAAUAUAAGAAAAAAUGCUGAAAAUUUACGAAUUACUGCUAAACAGACACAUCAUCAGCUUAAAGAGCAUCUCACCAAAGCAGCUAAGUUUAUUCUCGUCUUAGAAACAGAAAUAACCAAGCUUUUCCCAUCAAUUUCUGUCAAAAUAGUUGGAGAAAUAAUCAAAGAUAUUAAAAAUCAAUUAUAA